UAUUCUGUCACUGCUCUGGAGGCUAGAAGUCCAAAAUCAAGGUGUUGGCAGGGCCCUGCUCUCUUUGUCGGCUCUAAGGGAGAACCCUUCCUUGCCUCUUCUAAUGUCCGCAUUUGUCAGCCAUCCUUGGUGCUCCCGACUUGCAGAUGGGAUACUCCAGUCACUGGGUACCGCCUCCCUGUGUCAUAUUGUCUUCCUUCUGUGUCCAAAUUUCCCCUUUGAAUAAGGACACCUGUCAUAGUGGAAUAGGGCGCACCCUAAGGACCUCAUUUUAACUUGAUUAUCUCUAUAAAGACCCUGUUUCCAGUAAGGUCACAUUUCUGAGGUACAGGGGUUUGGGGCUUCAACAUACCUGGUUUAGGGGUGGUGCACAGUUCCACCUGACACCACCUCAGGGCUCAUAUGGGCCCUUACCCUACUAUAAAGACUUCCUCCUGGUGUAGAUCCCAAACCUAUCUCUGCAUUUUGUUUCUCUCUCUAGGGAAUCACUGCUGAGAAGUAGUCCCACAGCUUUCUACCUCACCCAAAUGCAUGUGGGGUGUGGUCGAUUGCUGGGCCUUGCUUCACGGCUGUGAGGUUCUAGCAAUCACCACAUUGUCCUUGAAUAGGGCUGCUCUGAGCAUCAGAAGGUUAGCACUCUCUUCUGUGUGCAGAGAAGCACGUGGGGGAGACAGAGGAGCCACCACUGGAGCUCACACCAAAUGCGGUCGUGGUUGGAGCGGGCUAAAUCCCCUCUGCUGAUCCAGGCAGAAGGGCCACCUGCCUUCAGACGCUGACCCGCUCGCUUCCCUAGUGCUUGAUAUUGGCACCCUCCUCAAGCUCCUCAAUCGGAUUUUUAUUGUAUAAUUUUAUUUUUGUGGUUUAUUUUAUGAUUUUAAAUUUUCCUUAAUUCAGUACAUUUAAUAUUAAAUUCAAUGUUACAAAAUCAGUCUGGCUGGCCACAUUUUCUUUGAUGAGUAAAUUGAAAUGAAUUAAUUUGCAUUCUAGACCAUUAUUGUCUUUGAAAGCAGUUCUGCUAGAAUCAGCUGUGUCUGGUUUCUUGUGGCAGACUGCGACAGUUACUACUUGAGACUGUCACUAUGACAGUUAGUACUGUUACUACUUGAGACCAUCAUUACGAGACUGAACGAAGGGGGAUGAAUGUAGAAAUAAUAACAAAAAACAACAAAAGAAACUGUGUUAAAGGAAGGUGCCAGGGGAAGAAGAAGAGGGCUCCCUGCUUCUAGUGAGCAAGGGCAGUAGCCCUGAGCUUCUACAGCCCUUUGUAUUUAUUGGGUGGAAAAAGCAGGGAGGAGGAGCUAACGAUUGGUCAGCUGCUUGAUUGAUGACAGGUUCAUAUUAUUGCUAACAGGCUUCAGAUUUGCCUAAUCAUAAGAAACACUUGUGCCUGGGUCGUGUCUGCCCUCAGCAUUCCUUCUGGGUGGCAGAUGCAGUUUGUGAGUUUGCCAACAUUCUGCAUUUAUGAGAAUAGUUUGCUGUUUACUCAUACAGCCUCCAGUGGUAUACUGAGUUGAUCACGACCCUCACUCUUUUGGCCUGCAACAGUUUCUCCCUAAAAUGAUAAAAUGGUCCUUAAGAAUUAACACUUCAUCUUGGCCUGCUUUCUCUAAACAUACAACUGCUCUGAAUUUUGCUUUGUAUGUUUAUGUCUUUAUAAAACAAGAGAAGUCAUCACUAAAUUAUGACAGGAGUCAAAUUCUUAAGUGACUAAUGGCAGCCUAUGUCAAAAUAAUACUCAAAAAUUAAACAGUUCAUAUGAAGGGUAACUUUUUUUCAACCUUUAUUUCUAGCCAUCUCUAACAGAAAUAAGGUAGCCAAAUAUAAUGGACGAGACAUUAACCUUUUUUAAGAAAAUAUUCAGACAUUUUAAGUAACUAGCAUUUUGUAAUAAAACUAUCACAUUGAAUUAUAUAUUCCCCAAAGUGAUUUUUUCAUGAUGCAUUUGACAUGUCAGAAUCAAGAUAUUUAAGACUGCUUUUUAAAAUGUAUUAUCAAAAUUAAAUUUAACUUGUCUUUUAAUAAAAAAUGGUUUUAGCAUCUCCCAGCCAUUUUUCAAGUACUUAAUAAGCUCAGUGGAGGAAACGCUUAUGUUUGGCUUAUGAAUCAAGGUGAUGGUAAAAUGUACUUUGUCAAAAUUCAAGUCGUGAAUAGAUAAUUCUCUCUUUUAUCUUUGUUCCCUUGACUUAUAAAUCCAGGGCCAGUCAAUAAAAAGGGUGUGUGUGUCAUGGAGACAGAGAGAAAUGAACAGGGAAGAGCAUAUGAAAUGGGGUACACAGAUUUGCCUCCAGCUUUCCGGAGUGGUGCUUCGUCCUUUCAGCAAAACAUUCUUGAGGAAUACCUGGCCAGUCCUCACCCACAGUGCCUCUCCAAAGCUCUACACUUCCCUAAGACAUAUUCCUGGAAUGCUUUCACAUCUCUGUGGUUCAAGAGGCACAUGCAACCACGUGGAAGCCCACUGCGCUUCAAGCUCCCACUUCUUCCCUAUCAGGGAAGCUCCCACUGGGAUUAGAGUGUGAAUGUAUACCCCUUCAGUGGAGAUGGUUCAGAAGCCACCUUUGCAAGCAAAGAAUUUCUUUAAUCACAUAUUUCAUCUUAGAAGUUAAUGUGAACUUGUCUGUCAUUGCAUAAGACCUUUGUAUUUACCUUAAUUUAAAAAUUCUUCCCCAUACUUCUGCAUUAAGUUGAUUCAAGGAGAAUAUACCAUGUUUUUCUUUUUACACCAAAUAGCCCUAGUUUGAGAUACAUGGUCUUCAGUACUCAAGAUGCCAUGAAGACAGUUUUGGCUGGGAGAUGAAAUAGAUUUUGACCCUUGAAAGGGGGCUGCAUUAUGACAGCAGACUUGGGAAGACCAUGCUGCAUCUUAGUCAAGCUUGGCUUUCUUCUUCUCAGAAACUCUGUGUCCGUCCUCCAGAAAGGCAGGGAGAAGCAGGAAGAGCUAGCAAGGAAGCAUGCAAGGUUUGUCCUGUCACUCAACCAAACUAUGGAGAAAAAAGCCACCACCACUGUUUACAUAAAUGAGACUUAUACCAAAAUAAACUUGAAGAGAGAAGACAUAGCAUUGCAAAAAAAAUGUAUGCAAGAGACAGAGGAGCUAAUGGAAAAAGAAAGGGCAGAAUAUCUGAUAAGAAAACAAGAGUUGACUGCACAGAUUAAUGAAUUUAAAAAUACCCGUGAAGUAAAGAGAAUGGAGACUUAUGAAAAGAAGAAAGAAUUGGAUAAAUUACAAACUAAAAUGUCAAAAAUAAAAGAAACAGUUACUGUUUCCGCAGCGGUUCUUAGUGAUCACAAUUUAGAGAUAGCACAACUACACGAAUCAAUAAGGUAUUGGGAACAACAGGUCAGUGAGCUAAAGAAAGCCCUUGCAAUUCUGGAGGUGAAACUGUGUUUUUUCACAGAUAACAAAGAAAAACUGGAUGAUACAUCUAAUGAUGAAAAAAAUGAAUUCCUGAACAAGAUAAAACAGCUGGUUGAAACACUGCAUGCUGCUCGUAUGGAAUACAAAGACCUACAAGAGAAAGUGAAAACUCUUACCAGACAAUAUAAGAUUGUUUUAAGUGAGGAAGAAAAAGCUUUUUUGCAAAAACGAAAGAUUCAUGAUGAAAAUCAGAAACAGCUGACAUUUAUUUCUCAGAAAGAAUACUUUCUGUCACAAAAGAGAGUAGACAUCAAAAAUAUGGAAGAAGGACUCGUCACACUCCAGGAACUUCAACGAGCAACAAAAACAGUAUAUCAGCAACAAAUCAAAAUCCUGAGUGCUAACCUGGAAAGAGAAAGUCAGAGAUGUGUUAUAACUCAGUGGAAAAUAGCUUGCUUGAGAAAAAAGCACGCACGUUGGACAGCCAAGAUAAAAGCUGAAAUACAAGCUAUUACAGAAAAAAUUCAGAAUGCAGAAGUUAGACGAACUGAAUUACUUAACGAGACGAGUUCCAGAGAACAGGAGAUCAGUGAAUUUGUGGCACAGAUUGAAAAACUUACAAUAGAAUUAAAAGAAGAGGAGAAAGCAUUUGUUAACAAAGAAAAAAUGUUAAUGAAAGAGUUAAGCAAGUAUGAGGAAAUGUUUGUUAAGGAAACACAAAUUAACAAAGAAAAGGAAGAAGAACUGGUUGAGUGUCUUCCACAACUUCAGGUGGCAGAACAAGAGUAUAAAGAGAAAAAAAGAAAGUUAGAAGAGCUCAGUAAUAUUAUUACAGCACAAAGACAGGAGGAAGAUUUACUGAACAAUCACAUUUUUCUGUUUACAAGGGACUUUUCAAGAUACAUUAGCAACACGGAGGAUAUAAAACAAGAAUUAAAACAAUUACGAGAUCAAGAAAGCAAAAAAACCAAAGAUCAUUUUGAAACUCUAAAGAACUUAGAAAAUGGAUUCUAUAUAAAUGACCAAAAAGCAGAUCUUCUGCUCCUGGAAAAUAAAAAAUUAAAAGAAUACAUUUUAUACUUGAAGAAUAACAUAGAGAAAUACAGAGAAGGACAAGAAGCCCUCAUGCACACCUCAAGUGACUUGUCUCGGCAACUAAUAGCUCAGGAGCCACAAUAUAAGGAUUUGUGGGCUGAAUUUCAGGCCACAGUUAAGAUCUUGGUGGACAAUGGUGAAGAGACCUUGCAAGACAUAAAAAAUCUAACAGACAAGCUGCGCGAAAGAGAUGAAAAAAUGCAGCAUGUCAGCACAUGGCUACAAGGGAGUCUUGAAGGGCUGCGUUUGCUUGUGGAACAGGAAUCACCAAUGGGCCUUCUUAAAAAGAAGAAACACAUUCGUACAAGGGUUCAUUUCCCAGUGGUUAAACGUACUGAGAGAAAUACAUUAACAAAAUAACUCAAAGAUACAACUGCUGUGAAUUCCAAAGACAAACAACUACAGGAAAAGUGAGUGUACUUACUUUCAUAUUUUGCAGCUGUUAAUAGAAGUCUUAAACAUUUAAAAUUUAACUAAUUCACAUAACCUCCACCAAGUAUCAGUAAAUAAAGUUCUAAACAAUAAAGAUGGA